AUGCAAUCGCUCUGGACUAAAGCCGGUCAGGCUCAUCGCUGCGGGUGCAGGGCCUGUAGCACCGCAAUUGGUGCUGCUGGUAGACGAGCUACCGGAGCUACCGGACGACGCAAAGCGACCUUUGCAGAGAUAUUCACAGCAUGUUACAGCUCAGUCUUUGCGACGGCUGCAAUUGUGGAUGCUGUACGAAAGGACGAUCGCAGAAGGGAGCUGGACCGGCAGUUGGAGGAAGCUAGGAGGGAACUGGGCGAACUGCAGGAAAGGUCAUCAUCAACGUCGUCGCAGACGGAAGCCAAUGCGCCAGACCUGUCAAUACAGCAGAUGGAUACACUUUGGAAAAGUCUCAAAGCGAUUUACCGAAAUCGACCAUUUAUGAAGGAAAUCGAUAAACCGGCGGUGAUCGACGCAUCCGAGUUGAUCGCUAAUUUGAAGAAAGAAUACUACAAUGCCGUAGGAGAACCUUCGUUGCAUUCCUCGAGGCAGAUUAAUUACGACCAAUUGGAAAGAGCAAUCAAGGCUGAAGAGCGAGAUAGUCGAAUUGGCUCUCGGGAGUCCCUUAAUCAAGUCCACUUGCUUCGCGAAUCUCACAGUGUCGAAUACCUCGUUCAACAAUUACUUCACCGCGCCGAGAUGCUCGACAAAAGCUCAGCAGAAUGCCCAUCGUUCGAUGAGGCUAGAGGACUGGCGGCGAAAGGAUACCCAAACUUUUUAUUUCGAUCCGUAGAUCCGGACAAAGCGGCGAAGAACACGGUAGCCUUGAAUAACCAAAUUCGAUCUCUGGUCAAAACACAUGACCUUAGCUGGAAAGAGAAAAUCGGCAGAGUUUGCUUUAACCUUCUUGUCUCCGCAUAUCCUCCCGAUAUGCAUACAUACAACACUCUCAUCGUUGCCUUUGACAGAUCGGGCCAUCAUGGGUUCUCCGACGCCUUGGUCUACUCAUUCUUCCAUAGACGGCUGUUGAAACCUACUCCGUCCACUUUUACAGCGAUCCUUAACCAUUACCGAGUAGCACGUAACCACGGGCAGUUUCUUCGCACCCUCGCUUGUCUUACCGGAAUAGAUCGCAAGUCGGGUGGGAAGAUGGGUAGACGUCAUAUCAAAGACGUUGAAAGUUGGGGCAUGGAGAAGUGGGCAGCCAAUACUAAGCUCCGUACAAGCACAGGAAAUUGGGUUUGGGAACAUGUUCCUCUCAAUGUAUUGUUGGUGGAAACCAUUCUAAACGGCCUCCUCCACUUUAAGCUUUUCGACGAGGCUGCUUCAUUCUUCGUCUCCUGUAUGCGUUCUGGAGUUGCCCUGAGUACCAGCGUCGUCAAACAGCUCUUUGACGAGUGUGUUGCUGCACUUGAUUGGAGAGCAGCGGUGAGACUGAUUCGAGGUCUGUCAGAUAGUCAGAAGAGGUGGGAGAUUCUCCUGUCGCAAGAAGAUGCCGACACUACAGCACAUCUUGUUGGCAGGGCCUUCGCCCUGAUCGAUAUCUGCGGCCUCAGCACUCACAGAGAACGGGAGGGACGCCUAAUCAACUUGGACAUCUCCGGGCCCAGACUCAACAGACUCCUGGAAUCACUAUCAAAAGCAAAUCUUUCACCGGAUAUACUUGUGCACCCUGGCAGCUUCGAAGUCGCCCGCACGAAGGAAGGUGCUGAGAUGACUCUAUCCAAGAGCCGACUGCUACAACUCGAGAGUAUAUGGAAGGAAUACGAGUUUGUCCGAAAGACUACGAAUUCGAUCGAGAGCAAAUUGUUGUACCCCGAGUUUUCGUCAACGUUUAGAACAUCCAUGGCUAUACAUAUUAGCAAAUCGGCUAUCCAGAGAUCUGUGAUACUGGCACGGGAAGUUCAGGACGUUGUACCAGCCAGUGGAUCACUGUCACUUCAGUCACCGCGAGCGGCCCACAAUGAGCAACCCUCAGAGGAGGACCGCUUGUCGGAAGAGAUGCAGGCAAUGGCUGUAAAUGAUGGGUGGACGGAACAACAAGGAGGACCGAAACUACGAGAAGCGCAAACAGCGGCAAGGGGCUGGAGUAGGACACAAGACGGACUGGUUGCUGAACAUGUUUGUUUUAAGCCAAGAGCACUGCUUACUUGGCAGCGACCUUCACACCGGGUCUACGCUGAGGGGAGGCAAUGGGCUGUGGGAACUUGA